AUGAAAACACAUCUUGAUUAUGCUUUCAUGCAUCUUCAGAAAAAAGCCAAAGACGCAGAACCAUAUAUAUUUCAGACAGAAGGUGCUUCACAAGCUUUGUUUACGACUUACAAACAAUCCAAAUACCGUUGUCAUAUUCAAAGCGGCAAAAGUUUCUCAGUAGCAGUUAGCCAUUUUCUUAAAAUGAUACGUUUAUUUCAGCAAGUUGUUGAUCGUAGUCAUUAUUGCAUUCUCGAAAAUUCAUUUCUGUUCGUAAACUCUCAAUCCAUCAUCAGUGCAAUUAUGAAAAGCCUAAACGGAGUAGGUAAACGCACUAUAUUGUUUAAAUUGUUCAAAAUGGGAGUCGGUGGGCAAAUCGAACCUGUAUUUUUCCAAAAUGAGUACGAAGCGAGGGAAAUAAAAGUCACUUCAAAACUCAGAUUUUUUGUUGGUUCAUUAGAUGGAUCCGAAGGAUGCAGGGAGUUUAUCCGUAAAUAUAAACCCACUGCGCUCGCAAUAAUCUUCGUCAUAGACUCGACAGAUCGCUCACGAAUUGCAUUAAUCCGUCAAGAAAUAUAUUCCCUAUUUACAGAUAAACAAGAACUAUCACAAAUAAAGGGAGAAAAGUCGACUAUUUCAUUUUCACGAACUCCUCUCUCACCACUCUUGAUUUUUGCCAACAAAGAAGAUAUCUCAGGCGCAAUGUCAGCCGUCGAAAUCGCGAAACUGCUCGAUUUAGAAUCUCUAAGUCAUUUUUGUAAAUGGUUUGUUCAACCGUUGUGUGCUUUCACAGGUGAAGGUUUGUGGGAAGGACUCGAAUGGUUGAAUAAUACACUUAAAUAA